AUGCAGAAGCCACUGCUCCCCCCCGGAACGGGCAAGGAGGCCUUCGAGUUCGGUCCAACUCUGGGAACAGGCUCCUUCGGGAGAGUAAAGUCUGCCAAAUAUUUGAAGUCGAUGUCGACAAACGUGGACGACCCGACACAGGUUCCUCCACGAGUCGCUGUAAAGCUUCUAAAGAAGGCGGCCAUUAUUAAACUGAAGCACGUUGAUCAUAUCAUCAAUGAGAAGAAGAUUUUGCUUGCCUUAGAUCACCCCCUCACGAGAUCUCAAGCCGGAGAACAUGCUUUGGACAAGGACGGCUACAUAAAAUUGACAGAUUUUGGUUUCGCAAAGAUUGUUGAGUUUCGAACCGACACGCUCUGUGGUACACCCGAGUAUAUUGCUCCGGAGGUGCUGUUGAAUAAAGGACACGGAAAACCAGUCGACUGGUGGACGCUGGGAAUUCUGAUCUAUGAGAUGAUGGUGGGUUAUCCUCCCUUCCUCGAUGAUGAUCCACUUGGAAUUUACCAAAAAAUAUUGGCAGGGAAGUUUGUAUUUCCGAAGUUUUUCGACAAAGAUGCCAAAGUUUUAGUGAAGAAGCUACUCCAGGCUGAUUUGUCGAAGAGAUGGGGAAACCUGAAGAACGGAGUCAGAGAUAUCAAGGAGUGCAAGUGGUUUUGCACCGUCGUGUUCGAGGACUUGAGAGCCAAGAAGGUCGUCGCGCGCUAUAAACCCACGAUUAAGGGCAUGGAUGAUCUCUCCAACUUCGAGGCCUAUCCAGACGAAAAGGACGAUGCUGUACCCGUGGACCCGAUGAAAGAUCCGUUCACCACGUGGUGA